UUGCACAGAAUCAAGAUGGAUGUGCAGACUUUUAUAGGUUUCUUUUCAACAAGGAGAUGGGUCAAAGCAGGACUGGGCCAAAGGGGAGACGAGCCUGUUGAUUACAGUCAAGACCCACAGACUCUGAUAGAGAGUCUUGGACUCAUUUUCUCCACCACUACAAUGAAUAUGUCAAUGGAUGACAGCAGCCAUCACAGUGUGACGAUGAACUCCGACAGCCAUGCUCACCACUCGCCCACUUCGACUCCAGGCCAUGGUCAUGGUUCGGGUAGCAUGAUGAUGAUGACCUUCUACUUUGGGUAUAAGAAAGUGGAGCUGCUCUUCCCUGGGCUAGUGAUCAAUUCCGUUGGAGGGAUGGUCGGUGCUUGUGUGGUUGUCUUCCUCUGUGCAUUGGCUUAUGAAGGGCUGAAAAUCAGUCGAGAAUGUUUGCUUCGGAAAUCGCAGGUUAAUGUUCGUUAUAAUUCCAUGCCUGUUCCUGGACCAAAUGGGACAAUCCUGAUGGAAACGCACAAAACUGUUGGCCAGCAGAUGUUCAGUGUGCCCCACCUCAUCCAGACUGUACUUCACAUCAUACAAGUGGUCAUCAGCUAUUUUCUUAUGUUGGUCUUUAUGACUUACAACGGUUACCUCUGCAUUGCUGUGGCAUUGGGCGCAGGUGCUGGAUACUUCCUCUUCAGCUGGAAGAAAGCAGUGGUGGUGGACAUCACUGAACACUGCCAUUAACAACAGCAGUGACCAAAUUGCACUCCCCAGCACAAUGAUCUGCCAAGCAGGCAAUGACCAUUCAGCCAGUUUAAAAAUACACACGUAUACACACAUGCAGGCACCCCCAUACACUUACUAACAUACUCUGUUCAGACUCCAGUUGAAGGAUCGCUGCUCAAAUUGGGUUUUUUCAUGCCUUAAUUGCUGCCAAAUAGCAGGUUUACACUUUCUUUACAGAAACCUGAGGCAUGAUCUUGGGUAAUGGUGCUGGGGCGGUGACUUCCAACUUUAUGUAUAACGAAGUGUGCUAGGAAUCCUAAACGAUGAGCCAUUUCUUUGCCUGGAGUUGUUCAUUAAAUCUUUGCAAUGUUAUCUUCACUCAGACAGGAUUAUGUAAAGCUCUCAUCAAGGAAACUAUCUAACUGAAUUCCUGUUUUAAUUUGUAGUUUCCCAUAGUUCCCACAAUUAAAGUGACAAACAGUUAUGGCCAGAACCAUAUUUUUUAUAUUGAUAUGGCAGAUCAGUUUGUAGACAGAAAUGCCAUAAUUAAGUGAGGAUGUAACUCACUCUAUGAUUUUCUCCUCUGAAUAUGUGAAUAGUGAAGUGAUUUUUUUUUUAAAAUAUAGAAUUUUCAAAUGUGUUAUACAAAGCUGAAUACUAUCAGGACCAAGACUCCAUGAUCAUUUCAUGAAUAGUUUUUUUUAAAAUGACCUGUUCCAUCAGUAAAAUAUUCAGUGGCAGACAUAAUCUUAAUAGCAAGAAAUUGUAUUUGUUUUGUUCAUGUCAAGAUUUUUAAAAUGUAAUUGUUCACUUUUUUAAAGUCUGAAUGCAGAAGUGCAUCUGUACCAUCUGUGAUCUGCGUUCCUGCCUACAACCCCAUCUUAUUGUUCAACCUCCUGGUUCUCAAAAUUGAUGCUUGGAUCCUUGAUUCAUAAAAUGUUUUAUAUUUGUGCUGGAUGAAAUUAUAAUUUAAAAAGAAAAUUAUGUAUUGAUUCCAGAUAGCUCUCUGCGGUUAUCUGGUGUUUAUGGUAGGAAUUUUCCUCACUAUUGACUAGCAGAGUAUUUGUACUCUUUGUCAUUGGAGGAUUGAAAGACUCCAUUUUAAUUCUGGGUGCUGCUGGGCCUGCACAGAUACACAUGAAUGGAACAAACUUGCUCAGGACCAAUAGGAAUGAAGGUACUGGUCCUCCGGAAUUUAUUUUUAGAAAUUGGUUUUAAUCAACUGGUGAUUGUAAGCCAGAGCAGCUCAAAAAUUGAGGGAACUAUAGUUUUGGCCUAUUACAUUAUUUCAAAUAAUUGCGUUUUUUUUGCCUGUGUUUAGUUAAGGAUGACCUUUGGGGAGGGGGCAAGGAAAUUAAUUCAAUCAAGUCCUUAAUUCUAUUGAUAAGUUCUAGUCGCAGCUUUGAAGGUCUGUGAGAUCAACAUGAUUAAAUUCCUCUUCUCCAGCUGGUAUUCAAGGAUUAUGAAGCAAAGUAUGAUUGUGGAGACCAUUUGGCCUAACUUAGAUAAUCAUUCCACAGAAACCUGCUGUUCUGUCAAGAUGGCGAUGGGUGUUUGUAGUCUGUUUCAAAUCAUUUGAUGUGUUGAGAUUCCACAAGUGCUGGCUGGUCUCCUGUACUCAAGUAGACUCUGCAAUUGAGUUUGUAGGUUGCUCCAUCAAGGGGACUAUUACAGUUCAGGCUGAAUAUUAUUUACAUCCAGCACCUAUGUAUGUGCACUUUCCACUAGAAUAGUGAGCUGCUUGGCUCAAUUCCAUUAUCCUCCCCAACAAUACUGGAUGCACUACAUCUAUUCUUACCAACUGGAAUCAGUGACCACAUGGUUGGGUGAAAUGGCUUUUAUCCAGUGUCACUAAACAGUUAUAAAACCUUGCUUAAGAAAGAACACACUAAGCAUCUAAAGAAUUUGAAGACUCCAGACUGACUAUCCUGAUUAUUCCAAAAGAUUUGGAUCUGUGGUGUCUUUCAGUCAUCAAGUCAGUCAAUGCGAUACACCUUAGAAGAUCUUCAGUGUUUUGAAAUAAACUUACUUUUUCUGAAGUUUACACUGUACUUGACACAGUCAAUACAGAUGUAGCUAUCUGUUGUAUGACCAUGCUCUUUCUUUGGGCUUCUAGCAGCCCAUGAGAUGUGGGAUGAUGUUGUCUGGGAGGGUCACAUAUCCCACACAGAGUCUCAUCUCAAAGGUUUUAAUUUUGUUCACUAAUGUUAUGCUGAUUCCCCACCAAUCUUAGCAGUACUUCAUAUGUCACAUUUUUUUGGUCUGGUAUUUCCCAAAAAAUUGAUGUAAAGAUCAUGAUUAACAGAAGGAAUUAAGAGAUUGUGCUACUGUUUAAUACCUGAGUUACAACUUGAAUCUGAUCAACGUUAAAAAGGUACAACAGUCUUGUUCAAUGAUAGCUCCAGGGCAGAAUUUCCAGAGGCACCACUAAGUAACACUACUCCCCUCUCUAUAAUGUUAAAGAGUUUUUGUAAAAUGGUAUCAUCUAGGUGUAUACUUGAAACUAGCUAAUGGGGGUAUUGGGGUGAGAAUGACAAACUUCUGAGCUGCAAUCAGUUAAUUUAAAAUAUAAUGUUUUGAGGGCUGUGUUUGGAAUGGAGUCGUCUUCCUCAUCUUGCAGAAAGUAAUUUGUUCAUAUUAGCUGCUCAGUGACACUACACGACCUGACCACAUGAACCAAGCCUGCAGAUGCAGGUAUAGUUUGGACUGUCCUCUACUCAAUACUUUCUCCUGGACUCCUGCUUUUAUUGGGAUUUUUUUUCUGUAGUUUGUCAAGAUUCUGAUUGCUGUAGUUAAUAGGCACUGUUUAAAGAGAUUCUGCUGUAAAAUAAAACAAAAUGCUGGAAAUACUUACAACUGACAAAAGAUCAUUAAUCUGGUAAGAUCUUUCUUUCUCCACAGCUUGCCUGAUCCUUUGUAUUUCCAGCAUUUUGUUUUAUUUUACAGCAGAAUCUCUUUAAACAGUGUCAUGGAUACUCAUUUUGGGUUACUGGCUGCAGUACAAAUGUGAAUGACAAUGUUCAUUGACACCACUAUAUUAGUUAAUGAAUCGGAGGCAAGAGACUUAGCAAACCUGUUUUACAUCAGCAAGCACUACAAAUGCUGGUAAUCUGAAACUAAGAACAGAAAAUGCUGGAAAUGCUCAUAACUGACAAAAGAUCACUGAUCUGGUCAGCUCUUUCUUUCUCCACAGUUGCCUGAUCCAUUGUAUUUCCAGCAUUUUCUGCUUUUAGUUUCAGAUUACCACCAUUCGUAGUGUUUGCUGAAGUAAAACAGGUUUGCAAAAUCUCUAUUGUCUCCGAUUCAUUAACUUAAUGUAGUGGUGUCAAUGAAUAUUGUCAUUCAAAUUUGUACUGCAGCCAGUAACCCAACAUGAGGAUCCAUGAUAUUGUACAGUGUCAUUUGGACUAACCAACGCUGAAUGGCAGUUUCCUGUAUUUAGGUGCAUACAAAAUGCUCCUGUCCUUUGGUACUUUUAAAAAUUGCAUGAUUUGAAGGAAGCAUUUGCUUUGCCACUGAAAGCAUUCCAUUUCAGAUUUUAAACUCAAGAUGAGCAGAAAGAAUCACUGGUACUUUUAAAGUAAAACUUGACUCCAGAUUGGAUCUGUGUGUUUGGCUGUAAUGCAUUUAGAUGUUGGAGCAGGAGAUGACAAGUGCUCUUGCUGGUUUGUGCUGCUACUUUCACAUUUGCGCUCCCAAAACUGCUAUUGACAUGGGGUUAUUAAUAUAGCUGAACAUCAAAUCUGACUUCUCUGUGAUACAAAGUGUAUUUUCCUUCUGAAAUAAAUGGCCAUCAUAUUUCAUAUUGAAUAUAGAUAGUAAAAGGAUAUAUUGGAAAGUAUUGUAAUUUUUGGUUGUCAAUCUUAUCUAAGGUGUUUUAUUGUUUUCUUUAAAUCACCCUUUAAAAUUUGGUAAUGCUUUACUCAGCUUGUAUUUGGAAUUCAGUGCCUUUGAUUAUCUCCUGAAAACACGUGAGCAAUGGUCACCCUAGUUAAGCCUUUGUCUUGUAAUUUGAUUUCUCAGUUCUUAUGUGUUGAUGACUUUUCUCCCACUCCACAUCAGUGUUGCAAUGUUACCUUACUGGUGAGCUGUCAGAAACAAUUCUUUUGAGAUUGUACAAUACAAUUUUUGGUACUGGAAAAUCAUAAUAUAUUAUCAUGCUUAUUUCCAAUAAACUAUUAGUUUGUCUUAUCAAA